CACCAUGAUUCCUUUUUUUCUUCAUCAUCUUUUUCCCCUUCUUCCUUUUUGUCCCUUGUUUCCAUCCUCAAUCAAAUUAAAGCAUCUGCAGAAUAUUUCCACGCUGUACAAUAUAUAUUCUAUAUACUACCACAAGUCCUAGUUUUCUACAAAAAAGCAAGAACCGUUGACGAGCUCGUGAAAUACAUAUAUAUAUUAUUCCAUCUUAAUUAUUAACUCAUCACUUUCUCUCCCUGUGAACUCUAUUACACAGGCGGUGGUUUGCUCGGCUCUCUGGCGGUGCCCUUCAAUUUCUUCAUUCUUUUUACGUAUGGGAAGGGAGAAAUGGACGGCGGCGCCGAUCGACUGGUGAGGCGGCGGAAGAGUCUGAAAGAGCGGUUGAGUUUCAAAGGGAUCAACUGUUGCGGCGCCUCGUGGGGUUUGGUGCCGGCGACUAUAAGCGUUCGCGACGACGACGACGAAGAUGAUGGUGAGGAGGAAGGACAAGAAGUCGGGCCGCGGGCGGGCGCGCAGUCUCCGCCGGCAUGUGCGGCGGCCGACACGCCGACGGGCUCGGGGAUGAACCUGGCGGCGGCGUUGGCGGCGGAGCGGCAGUACAGGGCGGUCCAAGAUUCGGACGUGGAAGGUCAGAGUCAAAUAAUCCCGGCGGCGGCCGAAAACAGCGGGCCGGGGAGCACGCCGCUCAGAGUUUCGUUGAUGAGGUUGCUGGAGGAGAACGACGGGGAGACGACGGCGACGGAGAAGGAGAGCCGGCCGGGAAGUGACGCGGUGUGCUGCGUUUGCAUGGGGAGGAAAAAAGGCGCGGCGUUCAUACCAUGUGGACACACUUUUUGCAGAGUGUGUUCGAGGGAGGUGUGGCUAAACCGAGGUUCAUGUCCCCUCUGCAACAGAUCCAUCCUUGAAAUCCUCGACAUUUACUAAGAUUUAUUGGUCCUGGAGAUUUGUGUACACAGCUUUCGACCCCAUCAAUUUCAUCAAAAUCACACAAAUAUGGCAUCUCUAUAUAUACCCACAAAAAUAGAAGCAAAGCAGGAAGAAACUACUUAAAUAAAUGUAAAUUAUUUUGAUUUUGACAAAAGUGAAUCAUUAUUGUAACACUAUCAGACUGAAUUGCAAACUAAAAUGUCCAUUUUA